AUGCCUAUGACUCUGGGUUACUGGGAUAUCCGUGGGUUGGGUCAAGCCAUCCGCCUGCUCCUGGAAUACACAGAUUCGAGCUAUGAGGAGAAGAGAUACACCAUGGGCGACGCUCCCGACUAUGACAGAAGCCAGUGGCUGAGUGAGAAGUUCAAGCUGGGCCUGGACUUUCCCAAUCUGCCCUACUUAAUUGAUGGGUCAUACAAGAUCACCCAGAGCAAUGCCAUCCUGCGCUACCUUGGCCGCAAGCACAACCUGUGCGGAGAGACAGAAGAGGAGAGGAUCCGUGUAGACAUUUUGGAGAACCAGGCUGUGGACACCCGGAGGCAGCUUGCAAUGGUCUGCUACAGCCCUGAGUUUGUGAGUCUCCCACUCCACAUCCCUGCUAAAGCCACUCUGCUAGGGAGCCUGUGUCUGGGGGAGCCUGUGUGGAGGGUAAGGAUUGCUUCCCUCCCCCCACCUCAGGAGAAACGGAAGCCAGAGUACUUAGAAGGUCUCCAUGACAAGAUGAAGCUCUACUCUGAGUUCCUGGGCAAGCAGCCAUGGUUUGCAGGGGACAAGAUUACCUAUGUGGAUUUCCUUGUCUAUGAUGUCCUUGAUAAGCACCGUCUAUUUGAGCCCACGUGCCUGGACGCCUUCCCGAACCUGAAGAACUUCAUGGCUCAAUUUGAGGCCCUGAAGAAGAUCUCUGCCUACAUGAAGUCCAGCCGCUUCCUUUCGGGCCCCAUGUAUUUGAAGACGGCCUGGUGGGGUAACAAGUAG